AUAUAAUUUCCUGCAAACUUCAUUAGUUUGUUAGUGAAUUUCGAUCGAAAUGGCUGCAUUCCAAACAUUCGUUAUUUUGCCCUUGGUGGCCUGUAUCCUGGUCCAUGGUGCAACCGUUUAUCAGAACUCAACAACAGGAAGUCAGGGAGAUAGUGAUGCAUCUGUAGAAUGCGGUACUUUGAAGUGUCCAGCUCAAGCUGUUGGUUGCAUAUUGACCACACAAACGGAUUCCAGUGGUAAUACAGUAGUCAGUGAAUCGUGUAUCAAUAGUGCAGGCAAAGCUAUUGACAAAGCAAACCAGACUUACUCACAGGGACAAUUUCCUCCUGCUGGAAGCAAUUACAUCAACGGCACAUGGGGAUCAGGAACAUUCAACUACACAGCAGUUGAGCAACAUCUCCACAAAUUGGAGAAGGAAGCCCAGCAAAAAGUUCAGGAUGCUUUGAAUCAGUUGAAAAAGGAUCUUGACAAACUUCAUCAUUUGUUCGACUAAAGGACCUUUUCUUAAAUAAAUAUUUCUUUGAGCAUUA